GAAAACUAAACUAUAAAUAAAACCCCAACCUGCUAGCACUAGGGUUUGCUGCCAUCAACCCUCCUCUCUCUCUCCGAGUAACCCUCCGCCUAAAUGCACAUUGUGUAGAGGCUUCUCUCUAUUUUGAUCUGAUCAUAAGCGGUAAGCUCUCUCAAAUAUCCCUUUCUUAAUCUCUCCAACAAGUCCCUAUCUUAAAUCGCGUGGAAUACUUCAUGAAGAAGAACCCUCGAAUGAUAAACAAGGAUCAAAUUUAAGCUAGUGUAUAUAUUCGUUUGGUGAGAGAUUUAUUGAUUAAGCGGCAAACCGGAAGAUAAGUUUAUUGAGUUUUAAAUUUUUUUUCAAGAGUUUUCGAAAUAAGUAGAUAUGGACGACCUUGAAAAGGCGAUACUUAUUAGUUUUGACGAAUCCGGUGCUGUGGACUCGGUUCUAAAAUCACAGGCAGUGGCCUAUUGUCAGCAAGUUAAAGAAACCCCAUCUUCGUGUAGCAUAUGUAUUGAGAAGUUGUGGUUUUGCAAACUUGUUCAAGUUCAGUUUUGGUGUUUGCAGACUCUACAUGAGGUAAUUCGGGUCAAGUGCGGGUCUAUGAGUGUGGAGGAGAAGAGUUUUAUUCGAAAAUCUGUGUUUUCCAUGGCUUGUUUCGAGGCAUUAGAUGAUAGGAACGUUGUUAGGGUUCUGGAGAGUCCUGCAUUUGUCAAGAACAAGCUUGCUCAACUUUUGGUUACUUUGAUUUAUUUUGAGUACCCAUUAAUUUGGUCAUCCGUUUUUAUUGACUUUCUUCCUCAUUUGAGAAAAGGGGCAGUUGUGAUUGAUAUGUUCUCUCGAAUUUUGAAUGCAUUGGAUGAUGAGUUAAUUAGCUUGGAUUAUCCCAGAACAACGGAAGAGGUGUCGAUAGCAGGCCGGGUUAAGGAUGCCAUGAGAGAACAGUGUGUUCCUCAGAUUGUUAGAGCUUGGUAUGACAUUGUGUCAGUGUAUAGGAAUUCAGAUCCUGAGCUUUGUGCUAGUGUGUUGGAUUGUACAAGGAGAUAUAUUUCAUGGAUUGAUAUUGGGUUGAUUGUUAAUGAUGUCUUUAUCCCAUUGUUGUUUGAGUUGAUUUUGGCUGAUGGGUUGUCUGACCAACUUCGUGGUGCUGCAGCUGGAUGUGUUUUGGCGGUGGUGUCUAAGCGCAUGGAUCCACAGUCAAAGCUAUCACUUUUGCAGAGCCUGCAAUUUAGUCGUGUUUUUGGAUUGAUAUCUGAGGAUAGGGACUCAGAACUGGUUUCAAAGAUAGCUGCAUUGCUUACAGGGUAUGCUGUUGAGGCUCUGGAGUGCCAUAAACGAUUGAACUCUGAAGAUAUUAAAGGAGUCUCAAUUAAACUAUUGAAUGGAGUUUUGCCUUCAGUUUUUCAUGUAAUGCAGAACACUGAGGUGGAUGCAACAUUUAGUAUUGUUCAAUUCCUUUCAGGGUAUGUUUCCACCAUGAAGAGCCUUUCUCCAUUGAGAGAGAAUCAACUGGUUCAUGUGGGUCAGAUUCUGGAAGUGAUACGUGCUCAGAUAUGUUAUGAUCCUACGUACCGCAAUAAUCUUGAUGUGUUGGAUAAGAUUGGGAUGGAAGAAGAAGAUAGGAUGUCAGAGUUUAGAAAAGAUUUACUUGUGUUGCUGCGU